GCACAAAUAAUAUCCCCAAAAAAAAAAAAAGAACAAAAUAAAUUAACGCUAUUUAGUUUGUAACCAAAAAUAAAAAAAAGUUAUUUAUUUUUUUUUAAAAUAUAAAUAAUAGGUUAUUCUAAACAAAGAAUUUAUAUUAUAAAUUAAAUAAUAUUAAUAAUUUUUCUGUUUUUUUUUUUUAUAAAUUAUUAAUUGGUUUCUGAUUUUUCCAUAAUUUGUAAUUUGUAAUUUGUAUAUUUAAUAAAAAUAAACAGAUAAAAAAAACCUGGCAGUUCUUUAACUGUAGCAUUUUUAAAGUAUAUAUAGAAAACAUCACCACCAUUUUUAAAUUCAGAAAUAUGGAAUCUUUUAUGAAAUAUAUCAAAAGAGGAAAAAUAACUCUUUUUUUCUUCUUUAUGAAAAUAUUUUUGUUCUUUCUCCUAAUUACCGCAAAAAAUGGAUCCAGUUCUAAUGUAAAUAAGAAAUCCUCCGGUGAAGAAAAUAACACUAAACAGGCAUUAGGUUUAAGAGUGUCAAGAACAUUAGCAAAGGAUGGUGCAAAUGAAAAUGCUGAAGAAGGAUUAUCAGAAGAAGAGGAAGAAGCUGUAGAAGAAGGAGAAGAAGAAGCUGUAGAAGAAGGAGAAGAAGAAGUUGUAGAAGAAGAAGGAGAAGAAGUUGUAGAAGGAGAAGAAGAAGAAGUUGUAGAAGGAGAAGAAGAAGUCGUAGAGGAUGAAGAAGUUGUAGAAGGUGAAGAAUACGCAGAAGGUGAAGAACCUGUAGAAGGUGAAGAAUAUGCAGAAGGUGAAGAACCUGUAGAAGGUGAAGAACCUGUAGAAGUUGAAGAAUAUGCGGAAGGUGAAGAACCUGUAGAAGGUGAAGAAUAUGCAGAAGGUGAAGAACCUGUAGAAGGUGAAGAAGUCGUUGAAGGAGAAGAAGUCGUUGAAGGAGAAGAAGUUGCUGAAGGAGAAGAAGUUGCUGAAGGAGAAGAAGUUGCUGAAGGAGAAGAAGCUGUAGAAGGUGAAGAAGUUGCUGAAGGUGAAGAAGUUGCUGAAGGAGAAGAAGUUGCUGAAGGAGAAGAAGCCGCUGAAGAAGGAGCCGCUGAAGAAGGAGCCACUGAAGAAGGAGCCACUGAAGAAGGAGCCACUAAAGAAGAAGCCACUGAAAAAGCCGCUGAAGGAGAAGAAACCGCAGAAAGUGAAAAACCUGCAGAAGAACAACCAACAACAUUCGUUGAAACUGUAGAAAAAAAAGUAGAACCAGUAAGCAAACCACCAUUUAAACCACUUUUCCCAGUUGACGAAAAAUAUUUAGAAACCUUAGAAGACAUUGCUCAAUCGUUUUUAAAAGAAUUUCAAGAGGCAGAAGGUAAACGUAAACAAAAGAAAGUAAAAAAAAGAGCAAAGAAAAUUACGAAAAAACUUGCAAAAGAAUACGCAAAAAAAUUUAAAUCCAAAAAAAAAUAAAUGGUUACUGAAAAGAUCUAAUUCUUAUCCUGUUCAUUAAGAACGUCUAUGCACAUAAUAACGGUCCCCCUAUUUUUAUAU